UGAACAAGUUGAUGAUUAAAAAUGUUGAAGAAUCAGACGCGGUUGAUUGUAAAUGCAGUCGAAGUGGUUCAAACUCAUAACCGAUAUUUUUCGAGCCUUCAAAUUUUGAAUCAACGUCAUCCUUACGGAGAACGAUGCUUGCUGCUUCCUACAUACAAUUGUGCUGUUUCGACACUGGAUGUGCGACUGAUGUCUCAGAGCGUGAAAACUAAUUUGGUCAUUCGGUUUGUGCCUCAGCAGGAAGCGUGGGUUGUAGAAAGAAUGGGGAGGUACAGCAAAAUUAUGAAACCCGGUCUUAAUUUCCUCAUUCCUUUCUUUGACAAAAUUCGAUAUCUGCAGAGUCUAAAAGAACAAGUCAUAGAUGUCGCAGAUCAGCAAGCUAUUACCAAAGAUAACGUCACCUUAAAGCUAGAUGGAGUGCUCUACGUCAAAGUCGAAGACCCAUACAAAGCCUCAUACGGAGUUGAAGAUCCGGAAUACGCCAUUACCCAGCUAGCCCAGACAAGUACGAGGAGUGAGCUGGGGAAACUGCAGCUGGACCAGGUGUUCGAGGAAAGACAGAAGUUGAAUCUGGCUAUUGUGGAUGCAAUCAAUGAGGCCUCUGUGGAACCAUGGGGCAUCAGGUGCAUGCGAUACGAGAUCAGGGACAUCCACAUGCCGGAGAAGGUGAAGGAGGCGAUGCAGUUGAUGGUGGCGGCCGAGAGGAAGAAACGGGCGGCCAUCACUGAGUCAGAGGGCAAGAGGGCCUCCGAGAUCAAUGUGGCAGAGGGUGUCAAACAGUCGACUAUUCUGAGAAGUGAGGCUCAAAUGAGGGAGUCUAUUAAUGAGGCCAAGGGACAGGCAGAGGCCAUUCUGAAUGUGGCAAAUGCACGCGCCAAGAGCAUAGAAGCCAUCAGUCAAUCACUUCAACGGAAGAACGGGAUGAGUGCGGCUUCAUUGGCCAUUGCAGAGCAAUACAUAGAGGCAUUUGGCAAGUUAGCUCAAGAGAACAACACCCUACUCCUGCCUGCAAACACGGGAGACAUAUCUUCAAUGGUGUCAACGGCUCUAGCUACCUACCAGAAAGUAAAUCAACAGAUGGAGAGGACACCCAAAUCAAAUGUUAACCAAGUCUCAGACGACGAACCCGAGCCUGAAAAAGAUGGCUGGCAAGACUAAUGAUAAUGUUGCAGUUUUUGAAAAAAAAAACAAUU